AAAUUAAACAGACUCGCCCGGUUAUCAUUUAGGAAAUAUGCCCGGACAUAUCACCAAGACCCAUUGGUUUGCUUUACGCCUGCAUGGUCUUUGGGAAGACCGUAUUUUCUAACCACUUGUCUGGUGCUACAUUACAGAAGCUACAGUGACAUGCUGGACACAGCUCAUUUUUUUAACUGGUGACGUCUCCUUGUCAAAUUAAACUUAAUGAUGGACGAUCAAACGUAGAUAUCUUGAUGCGGAGACAAAACAUUUCGCAACUAUGUCGGGUAAACAUGAAGACCAAAAGGAAGACAAAAACAAAUGCAGUCCUAUUGCUACUUCACGUGCCAGAGAGAAACCCCUUUUCCACCUCAGCCACACGCCACCUGGAGCAUCAGUGUCAUAUGCACUUUCCAAGUAUCUGCAAAUACCUUACACGAUAAACAGGUACCUGCGGGACUAUCAGCGAGAAGGGGCGCAGUUUUUAUUUGACAACUACAUGAAGUCGAGAGGAUGCGUCCUUGGUGAUGACAUGGGCCUUGGGAAAACCGUGCAGGUGAUCAGCUUCUUGGCUGCUGUGCUGCGGAAAACGGGAACAUAUGAAGAUGCCGAGAAGAAUGUACCACACUUCUUAUUGUCCCAGAAGUCUGCAGAGAAAAACAAAGUGAAGAAGGUGUACCUGAUAAUAGCCCCACUCUCUCUGCUUUACAACUGGAAAGAUGAGCUGGACACAUGGGGCUACUUUAAAGUGGCCAUCUUGCACGGCGCUGAGAAGAGGGACGAACUGGCCCGUGUGAAGAAAGGAAGGGUUGAGAUAGCGCUAACCACUUAUGAGACGUUUCGCCUCUCCCUCGAUGACUUCAACAGUGUUAACUGGGCCGCCGUAAUCGUGGACGAGGCACACAAGAUAAAGAACUGGAAGUCUCAGAUCACCAAGGCCAUGAAGAAGAUGAGGUGCAAAGUGCGAGUGGGCCUGACGGGAACUAUACUGCAGAAUAACCUGGAGGAACUCUACUGUGUCAUGGACUGGGCCAUCCCGUGGUGCCUCGGGGGCUUCCGGCAGUUCAAGAAGAACUUUGCGGAGCCCAUCGAGCACGGGCAGAAGCACAGCGUGACCAAGCGGACCCUGGCGGUGGGCAGGCAGGCCGUGCAGCAGCUGGCCCAGAGGCUCUCGGGGAAGUUCCUCAGGAGGACCAAGGCCCUCAUCAGGGACCAGAUGCCUGCCAAAGACGACAGGGUGGUGUACUGCUCUCUGACGGAGUUUCAGCAGGCCGUCUACAUCUCUGUGCUGGAGUGCGAUGACGUGCAGCUGCUGAUGACGAGUGGCCAGCGGUGCCCCUGUGGGAGCGGAGAGCCCCGCAAGAAGUGCUGCUUCACGACAAAUGCCAAAGGAAUUCGUGUGCGAGAUCUAUACUUCAGUUACCUGGCCAUUCUAAGAAAGGUUGCCAACCAUGUUGCCUUGCUCCAGUCCACAGAAGGCACAAGCAAGAAACAGGAGCAGUAUAUCCGUGGUGUUUGUGAGAAGGUGUUCCAGAAGUUUCCAGAGUUCGUGGCUCGGUUCAAAGGAGCCUUCUUUGAGGCCAUGUCCGAUCCCAUGUACAGUGGAAAGAUGAGGGUUCUACAGAAGCUCCUCCGGCACUUUUUUGAGAAGAAGGACAAAGUGCUGCUGUUCUCUCUGUCCACUAAGUUGCUGGAUGUGCUGGAGAGCUACUGCAUGGCCGAGGGGCUGGAGUACCUCCGUCUGGACGGCACUACCAAGGCCAAGGAGAGGAUGGCCAUUGUCAAGGAGUUCAACGGCUCCAAGAACGUCAACCUGUGCCUGGUAUCUACCAUGGCUGGUGGACUCGGCCUUAACUUUGUGGGUGCAAACGUUGUCAUUCUUUUUGACCCGACAUGGAAUCCUGCCAACGACCUCCAGGCUAUCGACCGUGUGUAUCGCAUUGGCCAAUGCCGGGAUGUGACAGUGUUCAGGCUCAUCUCGCUGGGCACUGUGGAGGAGGUAAUUUACCUGCGACAGGUGUACAAGCAGCAACUACAGUCGUCUGUAGUAGGUCGGGAGAACUCUCGGCGCUACUUCGAGGCGGUGCAGGGCAAGGCCAGCGUGGGCCAGGCAGGGGAGCUCUUCGGCCUGCGCAACCUCUUCCGCCUGCAGCUGGACGGGACCUGCCUCACCCAGCGCAUCCUGGAGCGUGAAGGUCAAAUAGAAGCAGGUGUGAUGACCGCGAAAACCCAGGCAGCUGAGGACAAGCCUACUGCUGGCCAGAAGAGUGGUGGAGCAGAUGGGCCUGGCGCGGAGGAGCCUCCCACAGCAGAGCAGCCUUCCAGCAGCAGCAGCAAGGACGCUCCAGGAGGAGUGCUGGACUUCAGUAGCGAGGAGGAGGAGGACGGUGGGGAGGAAAAGGGUGGACAGGCAGCAGCAGCUGGUCCUUCCUCCUCCAGGGCGUCCACCUCAGCCGACCCAGACGGGGCCCAGACUGGCAGCAAGUUCUCGCCCAGCAAGGGCUGUCGUAUGGGGAACUUCACCGAGCUCUUCAUGCAGAACCUGGGACGCACAGACGUGAGAGGGACCAGCUCCAUCAGCUCCACCAACUCAGGUGAUGGCGGAUCUAAAGAUGAAGAGGAGAGGAGAGGUGAUGCAGCAGGACCCUCCAGGAGUACUGCCGGCCGUGGUGGUGCUGGUGGCCGUCAGGUGGUGAAAGAUGAUCCUGAGGAGCUGUCUGAGCUGUCGGACGACGCUGUUGCAGAGCUGGAGGAGAUCGAACAGAGCCUCAGCUCCUCGGCGACAUCCACACCAACCAAAUCGCCGCUGGCGGCGCACAAGAGACCGCAGGAAACUGCAAAGAGGCGCUCAUUAGCAGGGUCCUCGAGGACGACUACAGGUGGCCGUCAGGUGGUGAAAGAUGAUCCAGAGGAGCUGUCUGACCUGUCGGACGACGCUGUUGCAGAGCUGGAGGAGAUCGAACAGAGCCUCAGCUCCUCAGCGACAUCCACACCAACCAAAUCACCGCUGGCGAUGCACAAGAGACCGCAGAAAACGAUAAAGAGAUGCACAGCAGCAGGGCCCUCGAGGUCUACUCCUGGUGGUGGUCAGGUGGCAAAAGUCGACCCUGAGGAGCUGUCUCAGCUUUCAGAGGGUGCUGUUGCAGAGCUGGAGGAGAUCGAACAGAGCCUCAGUUCAUCAGCAACAUCGACACCAACCAAAUCGCCGCUGGCGGUGCACAAGAGACCGCAGGAAACCACAAAGAGAUGCACAGCAGCAGGAAAAGAGAAGCAAGUGGAUGUUAUUAUGGAGACGGACGAGGAAGAUCUACCAGGAAGGUUUUCCAGUGAGGAGUCUGAGGACUUGCUCGCUGCUCCUCGCUCCACCACCUCUCUGAAACCUCACCAGACCAAGAAAGAUCUCAGCAGCACCACCAGUGAGAGAGAAGUCGUGACCAAGAAGAUGCAAAAGGUGCUAACGGACGAGGUGAUGGACAGCCUCAGCUCAGAUGAAGAUGAUUGUGUUGUGACCAGAGAAGGUCUGGUGACCACACUGAAGAGGAAGAGCUCUGGGGGCCAGGAAAGUGUUUGUUUUGUCACAACGAAGGACAAGGAUGGACCUCAACAGACCAGCACAAGCAGCAGACCCAGACAAGGUGGUGGAGCCCCACCAUUGGGAACCAUUGACGCACUCUUAGGUGGGCUGAAUGAGGUGAGCUACACACACUCCAACCAGAGGGUGGUUGGCUCCAGCCGGGCUGAGAAUUUUAUCAGUAAGGCGGCCGCCAGAGAUGUGUUUGAGCGGCAAGGCUUCUCGCAGCUGCCCGCACACAUGCUACUCGAGUCGCAAGAGACUCUGCCUGCACCUCCGCCUGCUCCUUCAUCGUCGGCCGCGUCACGUUCGGACCGUGUGGUUAAAGAACAGAAGCCACCCUUGCCUCCGCAGGUUACAGGCGAAGACCCAGAGGCCUCCCGCAUGUCCCACCCCGUCACACACACCCUGAAGGCCAGGCACUACGUCCGCAACAGCACCGUCAUCAUCGGAGACACGCCCAACAUGAUACGCAAGAGCCACUUCAAAUUGAUGGCAGAGUUCUUCGGCGCGGCUUCAGCGCAGGCGUUUGCUGAUGAGAUCCUCAAGUGCUCGUCGGAGCAGAGGCAGAGGAUGCUCAGGCAGUACUACAGCCAGCAGAAUCCGGACCUGACCGAGGUCUUGACGCAGCUCUUUCCAGAGCCUGCAUCAACAAAGCCUGUGAGCGGAAUGCCAGCAGCUGCGACUGCCGCUGGUCCAUCCUCCUCCACCACCACCUUGGCAGCUUCAAGACCAGCAACUGCUGCUCGUCGUUCCUUCUCCUCCACCACUUCUGCAGCUUUGAAACCAGUAACUAUUACUGGUCGCUCUGCUACCUCCACUACCACCUCAACAUCUACAGUUUUCAAACCAUCAGUAGUUGGCUGUCAUUCAACUUCCUCCUCCUCCACUUCCUCCUCCUCCUCCUCCUCAACAUCUGCAGUUACAAAACCGUCAGCUGUUGCCUUUCGUUCCUCCACCCCCUCAUCCUCUACUGCUUCCUCACCAUUGAUUGUUAACCACCCUCCUCCUUUGUCCUCCACCACUUCCCCCUCUUCUUCCUCUUUGUCCUCUUCAUCCAAGCUGAUAGCGAAGAAAGCCUUAAAGUUUGCACAAACUGAACAUGCUCCCAAACGACACGUUUCUUUUGCUUCAGAUGGCAUGGAGGAAAGUAGUGCAGGGAAAAAGCGUAAAACACUAAGUCCCCCCUCAACUUCCACUAGGAAGUCUGGUCAGACUGAUGCAUUAUCAUCUGCUGCGGUGUCUGAGGAGGAGCGAAAAAUCAACGUCCCCAGAAGAAGUCCCAUCCAGAGUUCCCAUCACGUGGAACCCAACGAUGACCCUCCACCGUGUACUGAGACUAGGAGAAGUGAUGCCGCUGCAGCAUUCACUGAAGGGAACCAACGUGAGGAUUUACAAGUUCCCUCUAAACGUCCAUGGACAGACGCCCGGCAGAGGAAGAGCCCAUCACCAUCACCACCACACUCCAGCAGCAACUCCCUCCUCACAGAUCUGCUAGGAGACACGUCCAUAUUGGACCAUCUCUUCAAACCCAAACGCAAAAAUGUCGAUAGUACAAAUACUGAGCGCCUUGGUCUGCUGCCACCAUCUACCUCCUCGUGCUCCUCAAGCUCUCCCGGCGUCUCCCACCAGGUGGAGAGGAAGGCCAAGGGGAAGAGCAAAGACCUCUGGGAUAUCUUGAGCGAGGGCAAUGAGGAGAGCAUCAACAAACUGACUGAUCUGACUCAGAUUGAGAAGAUGUGCUCUGUCAGCACCAGUCCUGUCAAGAGGGACAGCCAGGGAGGCACUGACUCCCCACUUUGGAGAAAGAAUGAAAAGUUCCUUUGGAAGAAACAGGACUGAUUUUUUUUAUUUGGUUAGAGAUGAAGAAUGAAAAGUUCUUUUGGAAGUAACACGACUGUGUUUUUUAUUCUAAGAUCAAGAAACUCAAGUUCAUUUAGAAGACAGAGGGCUGAUUUUUAUUUUAAGAUCAAGAAUGUAAAGUUCCUUCAGAAGACUGAUUUUUCAUUUGAAGAUCGAGAAUGUUAAGUUCCUUUAGAAGACAGAGGACUGAUUUUUGUUCAUCUUAAUAUCAAGAAUGUAGAGUUGCCCCUUUUGUGAAAAUGGUGACAUUUCUUUUAAAAAGAGGCCUUCUGUUGUUAAGCUUAAUUUAAUUAGCAGCUGGCUUUACUUGAAUUUAUAGCUUUUUAAAAUGGGAUAUUUAUAAUCAGUUUUUUAUUACUUGACAAUGUUACCAUUUCACAUUUUGGGUUACACCUUGUUACACUAUGUGAGAAAAUCGUAUUGUAUUGCACUGUGUAAUUUGCACAUGAUCGCUUUUAUUAAAAGAAUGAUUUUUUCAUGCUCAUCA